AUGGGGAAGCGCCCUAUCGACGAAGAGACGUACUCACCCCAUGCUCCCCAAUCGCAGGCGCACAACUUCGAUCCAUCACAGGCCGUCGUCACGCCCGUUGAGGAUGGCAAGCCAAUGACGCCCAUGGACGUCGAUGAGAUCAUUCCAGUUACAGAGGAGCACGCCUUUGGUACCAAGCACCUCGCUGAUCUCGCCCAAGAAGAAGACGAUUUCAAAGUCUUCCACUGGGAUGUGGCUGGAUGGCCUAGAUUGGAGAAGAGACUCACCAGUCCUGUCUUCGAGUGUGGCGGUCACAAGUGGCGCAUCCUCCUCUUUCCCUUUGGCAACUCCAAUGGACAACCCAAUGACAUGGUCUCCGUCUACCUCGACUAUGCUGAUACCAAGCGCGAAGAGGGCUGGCACGUCUGCGCGCAAUUCGCCCUCGUCAUCUCCAACCCCAACGAUCCUCGCAUCUAUUCAACAAGCCAGGCUCAUCAUCGAUUCACUGCAGAGGAGAUGGACUGGGGCUUCACGCGCUUCAACGAGCUGCGCAAACUCACAUCAACAAGCAAUGGUCACCCGAGACCAAUUAUCGAGGGAGACUGCGCAAAGGUGUCUGCCUUUGUGCGAGUCCUCAAGGACCCGACAGGCGUCCUCUGGCACAACUUCAUCAACUACGACUCCAAAAAGGAGACGGGCUUCGUCGGCCUCAAGAACCAAGGAGCCACUUGCUACAUGAACUCGCUCCUUCAGUCCCUCUUCUUCACAAAUUACUUCCGCAGAGCAGUUUAUCAGAUUCCGACAGAGAACGACAUCCCGCAAGAAAGCGUCGCACUGGCGCUGCAGCGCGUCUUUUACCUGCUCCAGUCGUCUGAUCAGCCCGUGGGGACGACGGAGCUGACUAAGUCCUUUGGGUGGAAGUCGCUAGACUCAUUCCUCCAGCAUGACGUGCAGGAGUUCAAUCGCGUGCUGCAGGAGAAGCUAGAGUCCAAGAUGAAGGGCACCGCGGCUGAUGGAGCCAUCACAAGACUAUUCGUGGGGAGGAUGAAGAGCUACUUGCGCUGCGUCAAUGUUGACUAUGAGAGCUCCAGAGAGGAGGACUUCUACGACAUUCAACUCAACGUCAAGGGGAUGAAAACGCUCGAAGAGUCGUUCAAGGACUACAUUCAGACGGAGAUGCUUGAGGGGGACAACAAGUACCACGCUGAGGGUUACGGCUUGCAGGACGCCAAGAAGGGCGUCAUCUUCCAAAAGUUCCCGCCGGUCCUACACCUCCAACUCAAGCGCUUUGAAUACGAUAUUGAGAAGGACGCAAUGGUCAAGAUCAAUGACCGCCACGAAUUCCCUAUGCAGAUCGACCUCGCAGACUACCUCGACCAAGACACGCCCGCAAGAGGCGAAGACUGGAAGUACAACCUGCACGGUGUGCUCGUCCACUCGGGUGACCUGCACGGUGGGCACUACUUCACGCUGAUCAAGCCGGAGAAGGACUCUAGCUGGUUCAAGUUCGAUGACGAUCGCGUGACGAGGGUGCUGGAGCGAGAGGUGCUCGAGGACAACUUUGGCGGCGAGUAUCCCAAUGGACACAUGGGCCAGACCGGCGUACGAGCCCCUGUUCGCGCAAUGAAGCGCUUCACCAAUGCCUACAUGCUCGUGUACGUUCGCGACUCGAUGGCCGACGAGAUCCUCAAGCCCUUUGUCGAGGAGGACACGCCGCGCUACUUGCGCGAGAGACUGGAGGAAGAGCGAUUGCAGCUCGAGGCGAGGAAGAGGGAGAGGGAAGAGCAGCAUCUCUACCUCACGACGAAAAUCAUCACCGAGGAAACAUUCCGCGUGCACCAGGGCUUCGAUCUGGCGACGUUCGAGGAGCGCAACCUGCCGACCAGCGAGCUGCCCUCAUUCCGCGUCCUCAAGAACGAGCCCUACCUUACGUUCAAGAAUCGCCUAGCGCAAGAGUACAAUCUCUCACCACAGGCAUUCCGUCUCUGGGUCCUCGUCAAUCGCCAGAACAAGACUGUUCGUCCGGACACUGUCGUGCCGGAGAACGACACGAGCCUCACGCUCGAGAUGGUCAGAGAUCGCAUGGCAUCAAGGCAGAACGAUCUGCGCCUCUUCCUCGAGCUUGUCACCCCGGAGAUGCGACCGCCAGCCUCUGAUCCUCAGUCGCCGCCGCUGAUGAUCUUCCUCAAGUACUUUGACGUCUCGAGGCAGACUCUCACUGGUCAGGGCCGAGUCUACGUCAACCGCAAUCAGAAGGUCUCAGAUCUCAUACCGACGAUCAAUGAGCUGAUGCGAUGGACACCGCAGACGCAGAUCAAGCUCUACGAGGAGAUCAAGCCAGGCAUGAUCGAGCAGAUGAAGUCAAAGGCUACCUUCGCCCAGAGCGAGAUUCAGGACGGCGAUGUGAUUUGCUUCCAGGUCGACAUCUCGGACAAGGACGCUCAAGACUACGAGAUGCAGUCCCUCUACUCGAACCCGAUUCAGUUCUAUGACUUCCUGCAGAACCAGAUCAAGGUCCUCUUCAAGCCUCGUUCCGAGGAUGCAGAGUACAAGCAGGAGUUCGAGAUGACAUUGAGCAAGAAGAUGACUUACGACACCAUGGCUAACAAGGUGGCAGAUCGUCUCAAGCACCAGCCAUUGAUGCUGCGCUUCACGACUGGCAACGGGCCCAACGGAACACCGAAGACGGUACUGAAGCGCACGGCCAACCAGACUGUCAGUGAGAUAGUCAGCCCUUCAUAUUUGCAAGGGCAAGCCUCCCUCCUCUACUACGAGCUCCUUGACAUCAGCAUCGUCGAGCUCGAGACGAAGCGUUCCCUGCGCAUUUACUGGACCGGCGCACAUAAUAAGGAAGAAGCCGUACAUCCUUUCCUCCUCCCCAAGACGAGCAGCGUCCACGACCUGUGCGAGCACCUCUCCAAGGUUGUGACCCUAACAGAGAAUGGGUCGAGGAAGAUACGCAUCUUCGAGGUCCCCUCUGCCUGCGCCUACAGGCAGCAGCGCGAGUACCAGCCGACGGACAUGAUUGGCAACAUACCAGAGUCGGUCGACUUGUUCGCCGAGGAGAUCCCGGUCGAGGAGAUCCAGGCAAGCGAAGACGACAAGAUCAUUAACGUCUUCCACUUCAGCAAGGACGUGGCGCGUACCCACGGCGUGCCGUUCAAGCUUGUCGUUAAGCCAGGCGAGAAGUUCGCGGACACGAGGCAAAGGUUGCAGGCUCGCCUCGAUGUGUCAGAGAAGGACUUUGCCAAGUAUCGCUUUGCGCUUUGUCAGUCUGCAACAUUCAAGCAGCCGGCGUACUUGGAGGACGAGGAUGUGCUGUACGAGCAUAAGUUCCUGCCAGAGGAUGUGCUGGGCUUGGACCAUGUGGAUAAGAGCGGGCGCGGCGCAGGGGCUAGGAUUGGCGCGGCGGCAGUUGAUCGGGGGAUCAAGAUUAGGAGUUGA